AUGAGUUUGGGAGCGCGCGCCACCAAGGGUGGUGCGAAGACGGGCGGCAAAGAUGGCAAGCACGCACAGGACAAAGGCAAGAACACAGACAAGCCCCAGACUAAGGAGAAGGUCAAGUUACAGGCAACCACAGAACAACUCCGAAUGGCAAAUAUGAUCGACCGCAAAAGUGACGACGCCACUGACGUCCGUAAAAUGGUGACGCUACUGAUGGAAAUGACCCGUCGCACAGAGGAGGAGGUUUGCUCUGCUUUGCACGACUCCGACAACAACAUGGAGGCCGCCUGCAACUUGUUGCUGGAGGAGAGUCAGCGGAUACAGGGCGAGUGGCAAACCAGUGAGAAAAAGAAGAAAAAACCACCCGCCUCGACUGGCAACGGGGAAGUGGAGCCACCUCGAGAUGCUCGUGAGCGAGAUGCUCGGAGCCGCUCCGGUCCACGCCCACGUCGCGGCGAGAGCGAGGGCGGCCGCGGUCGUGGUGCAGGGCGCGGGCGUGGCGGAGGGCGCGGCGGGCGGCGGGGGCGGGGCGUGGCGGCCGGCGCGGAGGCGCGCGCUCCCGCCCGCCGCGCGACUCGCACUGGUGGUAACAUGGGCGACUCAUUUCCUACCACAGAAGACUGGGACAACGAAGAAUGGUCUGGCUCUCUAUCAGAUACUAAGGUGUUUACUCCAAGUGUAAAUGCACAGAAUGCGGCCGUUGACAUAGAACUAUCGCAGACUGCCACGGAGGACUGGGAUAGUCCAGCUGAAACGAACGGCCCCACAGAGUCUCAUAUCACCACCUACACAUAUCACAACACCACCCAAACUCAUCACCACACCUUGCUUGAGCAACAGAUGGGCAGCGGGCAGGCGGCUGGCGGUAAGACGGACGCCGCGCCUGCGCCCGCCCCCGCGCCCGCCUCAGUCCCCGCGCCCGCUCCAGCUCCUGCGGACGCGCACCUCGCGCACCACCACCAGCCAAUGGGCAUGUCAGGCAGCUUGAGUGCGGCUCAAUCGCAGUAUCUGUCGCAGCUCACCCAGCAAUUGCAGAGGCAUGACACUAGCGUUUAUACGAGCAACUACGGUGUGUACGGUUCAGCGGACAUUACAAGCCAGCGUAAGACGCAGAGGGCGAGGGUUCCGCCACCUUCUAAGAUCCCGUCGUCGGCAGUGGAGAUGCCGGGCGGCGGCGAGGCGGGCGGCGCGAUGUUCCUGGACGUGCAGUUCGGCGCGCUUGAGCCCGACGCGCUGCACGAGCCGCACGCGCAGCCGCAGCACGCGCAGCAGCAGCACGCGCAGCAACAGCAUCCGCAGCAGCAGCACCCGCAGCAACCCACACUGCAGCACCAACAGCAUGCGCCGCCCCCACACUCGCAGCCACCCAAACAGGUCACAUCAGCAGCGGAAACACAGCCCGCAGCAAGCCAUGAGACUACCGUUGAGGCGCCCAGUAAUAGCUAUCCCAAUACCAAUGCAAUGUUAAGUGAGAGCUUAUCGUCGGUGGACACAACGCCUACUAGUCAGCCUGUCGCUUCGGAACCGGCCACCACAAACACUACCUCACUAGAGAAGCAACUGUCGGCGUCGAUGAAGCAACUAUCUGUGUCGAGCGUGUCGAGUACGGCGUCGGGCGCAGUGUCGGGUGCGGCGACGGGAGUGUCGGGAGUGUCUGGCGCGGUGUCGGCGGUGUCCGCGGUGUCGGCGGUGUCGGACGCCAGCGUGCCGGUGACUGUCGCACCCGCGCAAGCAUUGCACGCGCCGCCACAUUACGCACACCACAGGCCAAAGACAGUCAGUCAACAAAAUGUAUAUCCUCACCAUGCAGUAUCACAUCAUCCACCAGUUUACGGGGCAAAUGUAUAUGCGCCACAGGUGAAUUCAACAAACGCGUCACUAACGGGAGCGUCGGCAAUGACAGCGACGGCAUACCCAUCAAGUGUGACGCUUACACAGUAUCAGCCCAUGAUUAAUUCAUACCAGACAUCGUCUUCUGCGGGCGUAUACGGUGGCAGCGCGCUGUACACGGCGGCGCCGUACGCCGCCUACCAGCCCUCGCCGCAGCCCAAGCCGCAGCAUAAGGACCCGCACCAGUAUGACAGUUCAGUGGCGUCGAGUAAUAGUUUGACAAGUACAUCGACGACGCAGACGUCAACGGCCAAAGUAGCAACCACGACAGUGAGCGGCGCGAGCGCGACGUCGAGCGCGGCGGGCAUGAGCGGAGCGGGCGCGGGAGCGGCAGCGGGUGCGGCGGCGGGCGCGGGCGGAUACGCGGGCGGCGCGCUGUACGGCGCGGCGGCGGCGCCCGGCGCCUACACGUACGACGAGCAGCUCAUGCGCGGCGCGCUGCCGCACCACAUGGGUGGAUACUACGAGGCGGGCUACGUUGCACGGGAAGGCACAUUUGGACUUGGUGCCGGUGAACGAUUCGGCCGAACGGACGCCGCGUCACCACAACAGGUUCCAGCUGCGUUACCCCCCGGAUAUGCAUACUUCUAUCAGCCCCCACCUACAACGUACCAGUAUGGAGUCUACCCCACGUACGGCGGCAGCUCGAGCGUGGGCGGCGUGGGCGUGUCGGGCGCGGCGAAGGUGUCCGCGUACUCGCAGCAGCAGCAGCCGCCCUACGACGCGCAGGACUCAUACAAGCCCGGUGGUGCAUACUCAGGCAGCGGCAGUAAAGCGGCGGGUGGUGAAUUGGCCAGCGCUAUGUACGCCAAGACCCACGUUGCGCUCAACAAGGUUAACAGCUACGAGAAGGCAGCGUUCCACAGCGGCACGCCGCCGCCGUUCGGCGCCGGCUCGCACCUGUACAUCCCCGCGCCGCCGCACCACCUGCCGCAUCACCACGCGCCGCAGCAGCACCAGAUGGAUGUUCGGGUGAACAGUAGUCAUAAUAGGCGGCAGGAGGGCGGCGCAGGCGCGGGCGCGCGGGCUGCGGCCAAGCCGGCGGCCAGCAAGCCGAGCUACUCGCAGUCCUACUGGGCGCCUAAUUAG